GUUGUUUGCUGUCACAAGUAAACUUGCAGUCGAGUACAUGUAGAAGUUGUUUUUGUAUAUCCCUAGGGUGAAGCACCAGGGCCACCUGAGGAGACGCUGGCACAGGCUGAAGCUCAAGGUGCCAGACUGGCAUAGGAAGGACAUGGAUGAAAUCUUGGAUUACUUGAAGGCAGACCUGAAGAAGAAGGCUGACAGUGGAACGAAACCACGCGUACAAAGAGAAGCCAAGAGUGGACCCUUCAUCUUCACAUCCUCUGAGGAAAGCUCUGAUGAUGAAGAUGAAGAUGAUGAUGAUACUGAGGAGGAAGAUAACAACCUAGAUGGUACAGUGGGCGAUGAUGAACCAACUCCAACAUCAGAUAAGGAAAGCUCUAGAGAGGAAAACACUGGUCAGACCAGCCAGGACAAGAAGUCAGAUGAAGAAAGCUCUGAUGAAGAAGAUGAUGAUACUGAGGAUGAUAAUGACAUAGAUGAUACAGUGGGCGAUGAUAAGCCAACUCCCACAUCAGUUAAGGAAAGCUCUAAAGGCAAAGACACUGGUCAGAUCACCCAGGACAACAAGUCAGAUGAAGAAAGCUCUGAAGAAGAUGAUGAUACUGAGGAUGAUAAUAACAUAGAUGGUACAGUGGGCGAUGAUAAGCCAACUCCCACAAGGGCUAAAGGCAAAGACACUGGUCAGACCAGCCAAGAUAACAAGUCAGAUGAAGAAAGUUCUGAAGAUGACACUGAUGAUGACAGUGAAACUGAAGUAGACACAUCUGAUGAAGGAUAA